GUAAAGCAUCAUGCUUUUCAAGAGAUUGGUUUACCUGUGGACCAAGAUGACAUAGUCUACGUCUUAGCUGGCAUUAUCCAGUUCGUAAUACCAUAACCACCAGUAGUAAAUUUGUAGUCUUAGAGAAUGGAAAGCAAGGUGAAACCCGUCCAGAUGAUGGCCAGCUCUGAAACCUCGGAGAGCCAGGAAAAAGAUACAAAAGAACAAGCAGAAUCAUCGUUAUCAAAUAAAGAUGAUAAAAACAUGGUGACAGUGUCAGUGUUCACACCUAUGGGUGCUCAUGUGUUCUACUCUCCAGGAACACACAAUACAAUGGACAUGGCCAUUGAGCCUCUGGUCACAUGCAGGCUCUGUUUAAUGGAGUUGCCUGCCAGGGAAAUGUAUGAAAUGCAGGAUUGCCAAUGUCUCUAUUGUCAAAUGUGUGUAAUCCAGUACCUGACUGUGAUGAUCUCAGAUGGGAAUGUGUUGGUCAUCACUUGCCCAGAUGCAAGAUGUAGGCAGGGAGGAAAAUUUUUACCAUCAGAGAUUGAGCAGUUAGUUGAUACCAUGACCUUCAAGAGAUAUCAGAGAUUGAAAUUCUCCAAAGAAGUAGAUCUAGAUCCUAGUCGCAUGUGGUGCCCAGAAAUUGGCUGUGAAACUGUGUGCCAUGUGUGCCCCCUCAGUGACAAGAAGAAUGUACAGGGUAUACCUGUGAAGUGUCCUAAGUGCUACCUAGAGUUUUGCUCAAUCUGCAAGUCCAACUGGCAUGCUGAUGAGCCAUGUGAUGCUUACAACAGCAAGGUCAAAGGUCAUGAUGCUGGCAUACCCAUCAGCAGUGAGGAAGAAUCCAAGAUCAAGCGUUGCCCCAUGUGCCACAUUCCAAUAGAACGUGCCGAUGGCUGUGCACAGAUGAUGUGCCGUCAGUGUAAACAUGUCUUUUGUUGGUACUGUUUACAGUCAUUACAGGAUGAUUUUCUCCUCCGCCAUUAUGAUAAAGGUCCCUGCAAGAACAAGUUAGGUCACUCUAGAGCCUCCGUGAUGUGGCAUAGAACACAGGUUGUUGGCAUAUUUGCUGGAUUUGGCCUGCUUCUUCUGAUAGCUUCACCAUUUCUGCUCCUGGCAGCUCCUUGUUUGCUGUGCUGUAAAUGUAAUGCCUGCAAGGCAUGUGCUGAAGAAGAAGACGUUUGACUGCAAAAGAGAAAUCUGAUACUCACCUGCUAGGUCCCAGUUUAAUUGUUGAUCAUUGUGAAUGAGAUCAAACUGGUGAUCUCUAUAGUACCAGUAACAGCCGGCAUUUAUUUGUUAUUUUAUUUAUUUAUUCAGUCAUGUAUUCACAUUGAGUCUUUGAAAAAAAAAGACUUAUAUUACUAGCAUGGCCUGCUCUAAGGUGAACCAAAAAUGUAUUUGUCAAUUACUCAUGCCCAUAUGUCAAAGAAAAUGUGCAAAUGAUCUGAGUGUAAACCAGUAUUUUAACUUUAUUGACUCAUUCUUUUUUGGCGUGUGGAUAUGUGAGGUUUUGAUUGACAGUGCACAAGGAAAUAUACCAACUGUAAUAAUGAACAUCAAUGAUGAAGCAAGAAAUGGCAAGGUUCAGGUUUGAUUUACCCAAUCAUAAAAAGCUGGUACUUGAUAAGGGUUGUGGUAGAGUGGAAUUGUCACAGGGUCUGUGAAAAACAUCUGUACAGGAAAACGCAUGAAACGAGGACAGUUGGCAAAGUGCAAACCUCUGAGAGGUAGAGUAGCAUGGUAAGUGUAACCCAGAACCUGUGGGAGGUAGUAGCAAAAAGGGGUGGUUUAUCAUCCACCAUGUCUCACUGAAUAUGAUGUCAGAUUUUUUAAAUUGUAAAGGUGCACACACAAAUAUUUGUAUCAAAAAAAGUAUAUUAAUUUGACAAAUGGCUCUCUCAUAAGUAUUCCAUGUAUGUGUUCUAUUGUCACAAUAACCACUUUAAACUUUUUAAAGGAAUUUUAUUUACAGUAAAUUUAGCAUAACUGUGACACUUUUGGACUGAAAAAUGUAUUUAUGUUGCAGUAUUUUCAUAAUUUUCAGCUAAGGCCAAUACAAAAAAAAUCCAUUCCUCAAGAUUUGUUGAAGAUGAAAGAUAAGUUAAACGGUGACAAGAUGUGUGAUAAAUGCUGUAAUUUUUGUGUGCAGACACUGCAUGUGUCUGUAUAUAUUCUG